AAAGGAAUUCGAUCGUAACUUCUCCAGAGCUUUCGAGCUUUCCCAAGAUUUCGAAUUUGUUCAGAGCUCUAACUUGACCUCUAUUCCUCUGACGAGACAUCCUGCGGAUCCGAGUUUUGCCUCCAAAGCCACCACUGCUGAGCAAAUUCCUUUUCCAAGCUCGAGGCACCUACCGAUGCGAAAGGCUGCCUUGUGAACAUCGGGUCCUCUCCUCAAAGGCGGCUACUUCGCGUCAGUCAUGGCCUUCAACAGCUUUGGAAACACUCCCAGCGCCAUGACCGGCGGUGCCGCCGGUGGGGCAGGAGGACUUAACCAAGGUGCCGACCUUGAAGUUAUUCAGACCGAGCGUCUCGGGUUCCUCGCCAUUUCUGGCGAUGCCAAAGUCCAGUUGACAACAAAGUGGUCUCCUCCGCCUGCAGUGACCGCAUCCCUCCUCAGCAUAGCUUCUCGAAAGGGACUUGUCGCCGCUGCCGGUCCAGAUGCCGUCCACAUUGCUACUACAGAAUCUGUCCGAAAGGCCUUCGAGGCUCAGAAGAAUGGCGAUAGCGAAGUUCGGCCGUUUGAGCCACAAGCGAAGCUCCCUCUUCCGAUCCGAAUAUCACAACUCGCUUUCACUGUCGACGAACAGUACCUCAUCUUAUCGGCCGAGACUGGUGGUGGACUUGCCGUCUAUGACGUACAGUCUCUGACUCAGGGCUCAACCCAGGCUGCAUUCGAGCUUAGCACGAAUAGCGAAACAUUGCGGCACCUUGUCCCCAACCCGAUGCCAGAGCUAUCGGGGUUCUGCGCGGUAGUGACGAAUAACGGGAAUCUCAUGAUGGCAAGUCUGCAAGAGCGGACGCUUGUUCCAGGAGCGAACGGAGCGACUCUCCGCAGUCAAGUUACUUGCGCGGCCUGGAGUAACAAAGGCAAGCAACUUGUUGCAGGCGGCGCAGACGGUUCUGUUUAUCAGAUGACCCCAGACGGCACCGAGAAGGGCCAUAUUCCCAAGCCACCAAGCUUGGGCGAUUACCAUGUUGCGUCCGUCACAUGGCUUGAGAACAACGUUUUCCUUGUGGUCCACAAUGCAACGAAUGGGCAAGAACCUUCGGUCUAUCAUAUAAUCACCAGACAACAACCUGCUGGAGGAACACCACCUUCCUUCGUUUUCCAGAAGCUCGCAGAUCCAGUCGAGCCAUUCGGUUCCGACAAGCUUCCUCACCAUUCCGUCCUUAGGUUGCGAGGGUUUCCCCCUAAUCUUGACGAUCUCCUGAUCGUAUCUUCUACCGCAACGGACAGCAUCGGCUUGUUCUCUCGGUCAAAGUCACCCUUGGAUCCUGGGAAGCCCGCGGAGAAGAUCACAAAUGUCUUCACAACUACUGAACUAGCCGACGAUUCAAGGCGGGCACAGCUCCCUAUGAGCGAGGAUCUGAUGGACACCUAUGCCAUCGGAGCUGCCCUGGACUUGUCAAGCAAGGAUAGGGUCUAUAAGCCAAUCCCGACUGACGAGAUUGAACAGUCCCCAGGUCCUCUCCCAGGACUGUGGGCUCUCAACAACGAAGGUGUGCUGGCAUCCUGGUGGCUUGUUUAUAACGAGUCAAUCCGCUCAGGAACAACAUAUCCGGGGCUUACUGCGGUAGAGAGUUCGGCAGCUUCGCAGCCUGCAGCAUCUUCCAGCCCUGCGCCCGCGGCAUUCGGCACACCUGCAUCUCGCACUUCAGCCUUUGGCGGGCCUUCUGUUCUUGGAGCGAAGUCUUCUCCCUGGUCAGCUGAACCGGCUGCGAGCACCCCUACGUCGGCAUUCGGUUCGAGCACAUUUGGUGCUACCCCUGCUGCCAGUGCCCCGAAGUUCGGAUCUCCAUCGCUUGGGCUGUCUACAUUUGGAACCAAACCUGCUGCCCCUGCCUUUGGCCAGUCGUCGUCCAUGGGCAUGGGCAUGGGCGGCGGUUUGGGAACGAGGCCUUCUCCUUGGGCAACCGGUUCAACUGCCACUGUGACCCCAGGAUUCGGUCAGUCGGGAUUUGCCUCACCUAACAAUGCGAAUACCGGCAAAGUAUUCGGAACUCCCUCCGCCGGCUCUCAACAAGCCUCUGGAGGCUUCGCAGGCUUUGCGAAAAAGGCCGGGUUCGCGUCCAUCGGAGCAAAUAACAAUGCACAGAGUGUUUUUGGGAAACCGUCUGGGGGGUUCACCUCUACUCCUGAAGUCUCCAUGGAUGCAGACACGGCUUUCCGCCCUGCCCCUAAACCUGAAAGCGCAUCUGCUUUUGGGUCAAGCCCUUUCGUUCUCGGCACCACUUUUAAAGCUGACCCGAAGACUGCUAAUGAUAACGAGCGACCUAAGCCUGGAGGCGGAGGAUCCUUAUUUGGAAAUGGCUUUGGGCUAUCACUGGGCGAUGCGUCGAAGCCGGCCCCUUCCAUCGAGAGGAAGGACGAGGAUAUGGAUGCUGCUACUACCCCUGCACGCGUGGAGGCGAAACCGAAGUCCAUAUUCAGCGUCGAAUCCACGACGCCAACUACCACUCCUGCCCCGCAAAAAUUCCGUUUCCCGACAGCGGGACCGUCCACUGGUUCUGGUAUCUUCGGCGUCAAGGCUUCAACUAGCGGAUUUGGCGGACUGUUCGGCGCCGCAAAACCCACCGCAACGGAGUCUCCAAAGCUACAGACGCCGGUUGAGAGCCCAAAAAUCAAGGAGGAAGAGGAAGGGGACAAGGAGAACCUGGCCAACAUCCCUGAGGCUCCUCUGCCCCCUGACACAACCAUCUCCAAGACACUACCCCAGGUCGUUGACGAUGCUCCCUUGCCUCCGGACUUCGUUAGCAAACCUCCCGCGUCGGAGAUUCGCGCUGAGCAAGUUAAUGUGGCCGAGGACGCGCCCCUACCUCCGGACCCGUCCCUCGGCCGUUCCAAGGCGAAGGCCGAACCUCCCAAGCCAGAAGACGUUCCGGAAGUUCCAGAGGAAGCACCUUUACCACCCGACUUCGUUCCGACUCGCCUGUCGUCGCGCAAUUCGCCAGCCCCCGUCCCUGCUGUCCCUGAGAGUUCAGACUCGGAGGAAAAUGACGAAGAAGAUGAGGAAGAGGAUGAAGAGGAGGAGGAGGGAGAGGGAGAGGAGGAUGAGGAGCAGGGCACUGAGGUAGGAAGCGAAGGGAGCGGCGUCGACGUUGCUAAGGACUUCAGCCCCACAACCAAUGGCCCCGGGGCUCACACACCUGGCUUCACUCCUCAGAGCUCCUUUGCUGGGAUGGGAGGAAGCACAUUCUCAUCGUUUUCCCGUGCUGAGCCGGACGUGCCUCGCCCUCUCUUUGGCGAGGUAAGUCGGAAUGCACCGCCCUUGUUCCCAAAGCCUGUGCCUCCUAGCCCCCGAUCUCCGAGCCCGGUUCGCAAUGCCAUACCGCCAAGCCUCUUCAGACCGGAGCAAUCCCGUUCUGUCAGUGCUCCCGGUAUAGCUUCGCAGAUUCUGGGCAGGAAGGGACCCCAGCAACAGGGCCAAUCCGUGUUCGGUAGGGCCAGCGGGUCGAGCCUGACUGCGGAUCCCAAUGUGGAGCAGCAGCGCAGACUGCAAGCCAAGAGAGACGCUGAAGCGGCCCAGGUCCUGGUGGAUCCGGAAGACGAGGGCAUACAGCAGAUUCUGCAUUCAAAGGUCGAGCCGACCACUGAGCUGAAUGAAUUUGUCGCCGUCGAUUCUCACCUCCCGUCGGGCUUGGGCGGAGACAUCGAGGCUGGCUGCGAGUCGCUAUGGCGCGACAUAAAUCGCAUGGUUGAUCAUCUGGGCCUAAACUCACGCUCGCUCCAAGGCUUCAUCAAAGGCCAUAGCCGUGGCGAAGUGGACCAUGGCCGUACUAAGGAAGAUCUGGAAGACCCGGCCGAUUGGGUGAUCGUGGAAGCCGAGGAUCUGGCCGUGCUUGUGGAAGGGGAACUGGCCCGCGAACUCGAGGAAGGCCGAGUCCAGGACGUUGAUGCGGUAGAAGAGGCCAUUCGAGCCAUCUCUCGGGACCUGUCCAAGCUCCGGGCAAAGGAGGAAGAUAUGCGGAGGCUCAUCAUGUCGCACAUCGAUCCCGGCCAGAUCGCCGUCACAAAGUCGCUUCCCCUAAGCGCCGAGCAGGCAACGCAGCAGAAUGAGCUCCGCAGGGCGUACGCCAGCUUCUCGAAGCUGCUCUCCGAGGCGGAGCAGAACCUCACCCUGCUGAAAGCCAAGAUCGCCUCCGCCAGCGGUGCCGCUGGCAGGGCCAAUGUGCCGACGGUCGAGGCGGUCAUACGCACCAUCAACAAAAUGACGAGCAUGGCGGAGAAGCGAAGCGGCGACAUCGACGUGCUGGAAAAUCAGAUGCGGAAACUGCGCCUCGGCUCGGUCGGGCUCGGUAACAAUAAUAGCAACAGCCCGGGACCCCGCAGCCGCGAAGGGUCGCCCUUCGUCACGCCGCAGAGGAGGUCGAUGAUGCUCUCGCCCGAGGCGAUGCGCAGCUCGCUCCCGUCGUCGUACGGCGGAGCCCGGGCCACGCCGCCGCGGAAGAAGAUGAGCAUGUACAGCGAGGAGGAGAGGAAGGCGGUCCAGCAGAAGCGGUCCAAGAGGCAGGGGAUGCUUGCCCUCCUGCGCUCGAGCCUGGAGCGGACCGGUCCGAAUGUCUCGGGCCUCGGCGACGAUGACUGAUUGGCCCCAUACCGGGUUGAUUUGGGAGGGUCUGAGAGGCUCUAUUGCGACGUGAUGGCAUGUCAUCACGUGGGGGGCACCAGGAUGGGUUAGUGGCCAAGUUCACACGAUAAAAAUGCCAGUGUUUAGGACUGCUUGCUUUGGGUCAUUGGUGGAUAAUUCCUAGUUACACUUUGCCGUCGUUGACGGGGGUCUGGAAAAGCAAGGAAGGCUCUUGCCGGGUAGUUUAUGACACGAUAUAGCGUACUAAGUGACCGGUUUGGUCACAAGAGCUUGGCAAGGUAUCAUCAGUGUAGUUAGUUAAUCAAGCAGAUAUGCAUAA